AUGGGGCAACACGACGACGCGGCAGGUCGUGGUGACGGCCACGUCGCCCUGCCCGUCAGAGCUGGCCUUGCCAGAGACGGUUUCAGAAACGGUGACGAACAGCUGCACCCGCCCGAAUCAGCAGACGACGACUUCAGUUCAUUGAUGGCCUCGUCCAUGGUGGCCACGCUGCUCAACACCGCCUCGAGCCCCGUGUCUCCUGGACAAUCGAGCCCUCCGCUGGACCAAGCCAAGAACUCGUCCUUUGUCCCACCCGCGAGGCCCAGCAGCACGCCGUUUCCGCUCCCCGAGAACCGUGGCACUCGUGUGUGCUGCCUCGACGACUCUGACUAUGGCAGCGACAUCGAAAUGUUCAACGAGUCCUCGUCGUCCGCCGCCGAAAAUACCAUGACCGAUGCCUCGCGAGCGACCCCGUUUGACGAGUCGCCAGCCGAGGUCCACGAGGCCAUUUUGGAUCACCUCUUUGGCUACUGCAGCUCGCCCACGUCGAGCUGUGCCCUGAGAAUAUCUAGCCUGACCAAGUGCUGGAGCAGUGCCCUCAGACACUGCCGCAGGCGAGAACUAGCAAAUUUGGCCCUGGUAAAUCCAGUGUGGAGAGUUCUUGUCCAGCAGCGUCUCUAUCGCCACCUCAAGCUCAAGGCUACUGUCGAAUCCAUUGAAAAUGCAAUGAUGCACCUGGCGGACAAGCCGCACCUAUCGUGCCACAUCAAGCACAUCGAAGUUUGGUUCCCCGUGUUUCAGCCUACCUUCGGCCCACUUGCCCUGUCAAAUACACUCGCCCUCCCAACCGUCACGUCGGACGGUCUGACCAAUGCCACCUAUAUCUUGCCUGCAAACAAUUGCACGCUGGACGACGUCUUCCGAUUUGCAUCCCUGGCCUUGCCCUGCCUGCAAGUCUUGUCUUUGGAGGGCGGUGAACGACGGAAAGCGCCCAAGGUGGUUUACUUUCGCCGACAAGAGGAUGUGCUCUCUGGCCGGGCGCUGGAAGCUGUUCCGACAGUGAGAGCACUCGUCACAAGAGGACAAUGGAAUCUGAUGAGAGAGAGCGGCGACUUCCACACCAUACUUGGCGCUUUACCAAACCUCAAGGAGUGGCAGGCAUCAUACAGCAAGCCCAAAUCCAAGAGCUACAUUACCAUUUCCGAAUUUCUACCCUCUCUACCCAUGCGCAUCACCAAUCUCAGCUUGUGCCUCGAAAAUGACUACAGAAGGGAGACUAUGAUGCCUACUUUCUACACCAAAGUCGCAACAAAGACGCACAUCUGCGCUAGGAUGGCCGAGGUCACGACUCGACUUGAGCACUUUUCAUACACUGGCCGCAUCUGCCACAGGUUUUUUGACAUGGCUGGCCGACUCGCAAAUCCCAUGGCAACUAGGUUGAGGUCAAUUGACUUGACCGUCAAGAAUUGUUGCCGCCACUCAACCAGCUAUCACGAAUCGGGAUCCGGAAUACAAGAGUUGGGGUUUAUUGAGGCUUUUGAAAGACUAGUUUUAUCCGCGGUGAGGUCUUUGGACAGGUUCAAACAGGUCGAGUAUCUCCGAAUUCGCUUCGUAGAUCUAGAUUCCAUCUUACCACCGCUGAACCCGUACUUUCUCAUGGCGAACGGAGAAUGUUCAGGCGUCUGGAGCGAUGGAAUCGUAGCAGAGCUGUCACGAGUCCGGCCCGGCGUCCACUUUGCCGAGCUCUGCGAGAGCUUUGGCAACAUUUCGUACGGCAAAGACGGCAGGAUGAUGAUUAUGCCCGAGUACCCGCGAACACGGAUAUCUUCGUUGAAGCUUUCGAACUACCGGUCGCUGGCAACCAGAAUCACGAUUCAGUAG